GACACGAUGGACAACCGGGCCUCGCUCCUCAGCAUCAACCCGUCAUGACUUUCCUCCUUCAUCUUUGAAGCAGGAGCCGCGCUCUCCCCCGCCUCUCAGACUCAAGUUUAUCCCACCCAUGAGCAAAGACACCUUUCGCGCCAAGGGUCAUAACCCCGCCGAAUCCGCAUCCAGUUCCUCCAUGUCCAGUCCAUCUUUCUCCUUCUCCGCCACCGCACAAACCACGUCCACAUCCACAUCCGUCUUUACCUUUGGGGCCGCGCAGGCUACCGAAGCAAGCGACGAAUCAGGCAGCGAUGAAGAGCGAUCGCAGCGAGGACGCAAGAAGAAGAGUAAGAUAGGGGGAGCAUGUUCACACUGCAAAACAUUGAAGGUCAAAUGCAUGUUUCAACCAGGCGAGACUAUAUGUCGCCGCUGUCAGACGGGAAAGCAUGAAUGUGAAGUUCGAGGGCGUAAGAAACGAAAGGCUGCUCCGACACACGAAGACUUGCAGGAGAAGUGUAUGCAACAAGACAGAGAAAUCGUCGUUUUGCUACAGAAGAUCGAACAAAUGGAAUUGGACGAGAAGGUCAGGCAGUGGAUAAUGAAGUCGAACAGAGAGUUGGACCGGGACUCAGACCCAACGAGUCAAGCCUAUCGUUCUAUGGGUUUGUCGCCUGCGCCCUACACACCCUUAGCGGAGGACCAACAAUUGGCAUUCACGCUCAAGAACCUCCGAUACCGAAGCAACCCUCUCAACGCUUCACCCCAGUCCGUGGAUUUGAAGCCACCAGAUAUCAUCAAGUACAACGUGGUCGCGCCCGACGACAUAGCACUGCUCUUCCAUAUCUUCUUCGAUAAGAUCAAUCCUUUCUUCUCACUCCUUGAUCCCGAGCUCCACACACCCAACAAACUCAUCUGGAGCUCUCCGUUUCUGUUCACCGUUAUCUGCGCACUCGCCUCCCGCUUCAUCACCGAGAAGCCCAGUCUUUACUCUCUUUCCAUGGAGUUUGCUCGAGACGCUGCGGGCAAAGCUCUAGUUGAUGGAACCAUCAGUAUCGACGUUUGUCAAGCAUACCUCCUGUUGGCUGUUUAUCCUCGCCCCGGGAAGAAAUGGGACAAAGAUCGCAGUUGGAUACUCAUGGGUGUGGCUAUACGGAUGGGGUUAGAGCUCAAACUGCACGAGCAUCCGCCACCAGGGACAGACGAUCGAGAAUGCGCGAACCGGAUCAGAACGUGGCUGAACUGUUUCUGUGUGGACGGAGCUCAUGCGACUGCCUUCGGGAAAUUGCCAAUGUCCUCCCUUGAUGAUGCAGUGUCUCGAUCAUGCACGGACUGGUAUCGGUCUUCACGGUUCAAUCUGCCUUUUGAUCUGCAGCUCGUCGCUUAUGUGGACAUCAUCGCUCUCAUGGCCCGGUUCCGUAAAGCCGUUAAACGGUUUGAAGAACAUCCAGGUGAAGACACUGCCAGCAUAAUCGCACAGUGCGAGAUGUAUGAUGAGAUGUUGGCGAAGAAGAUUACCUUCUGGAAGGAAAGAUACGCAGAGGAUUAUACAGCCUGCAAUGAUCGACUAUGCAGGUACAGAUGCAACACGACAGAAAUGAUUGGAACGUACUUGAGGCUGGUUAUUCUUUCUAUGGCGUUCCCUUACGCUGUCAAAAAGGGUAUAGUUCGCGAGAGCUAUGUUGCCGAGACGUCCAUCGAUGUUGCCUGUACGGUGAUCAAAAUCAUGGUUGAGCGACUGUACCCGACGGGUAUCUUGCGCUUUGCUAUGGAGGCGAACUUCCUCUACGUCGCCUUCGCCGCUGCCUUCCUCAUCAAUCUCCUUCGACCCAAGUUCCUUCCUCUCCUUGGUGAAACCACGCAAACCAAGAUCAUUAAGAUUGUGGGAUCCCUCAUUGAUGUUUUGGGUUCGAACGACGUUGCCAUGGACGAGCGCCACACACCAGCGCUCUACCACAGGUUCCUCUCGAACUUGCUUAAGAAGUACGAUCAGCGGCCAGCCACCCACGUCCCCGAACGCCCAGGGUCCACCGACUUCGUGCCAGAGUACGGGCCUGACCGUCGGCCGUCUCCCCCUCACGCGUACAUGUGGCCCGACACCGGCGCCAUCCUCCCACCAACCCUCGUCUCUGCCGAAAGAGCAGAACACCCGCAGAACAUGGUGUUGCAGGGUUCGGGAGAGGCGGAGAUGGACUUCAGCUUGAAUCAUUUCGUGACGCAUGUGCAUGGGUUACAGUACGGACAGAUUCCACAGGACGGGAGUGUGCUACUCCCUCAGAGUGAUGUUCCGCGGCCAGCGCCUGGAUGGGAGGCGGACAUGUUCUCGCACGACCCAUCCGGGUAUCCUGUUUGGCCGCCAUCUGCUGGUCAUGAUCAUGGACAAGCACGAGGCGGCUACAGCGUCUGAUGUUCAGUUUGUCUCCAUUUUGGGCUCUUUUGUCUCUUGUUCUCUGGUUAGAGUCUGAUAGUACUACUGGAUUGUAUACGCCGACUGUGUUAUUGUAAUAUUUUGCUUCUUGUCUCGUUGCAUUGUUUUCCUGUCGUUGUCGUAUACAUUAUUUACUUGUUGUGACCUUUU